CUGCUUCCCCUGCUCACUCUCCCGUUCUGCAGUAUGAGGUUGGUGGAUUCACUCCGACCUCCCGUCCGUCUCGUCCAGAGUCUCCGGCGGUUUUUUUUCUAACCCGAGCCCGUCGUGUGGUAUCUGCCGCCGGCGGUGUAGCGUGUACAGGUGUUUGUGCGAGAGUGUGCCGGGAAGGCGCCGCUAACAGGUCGGGGUGUGGGCGCUGUGAGUUUGCGUGCGUGUGUGUGCGUGUGUGUGUGUGUGCCUCCGAUGUUCGCAGGUGAUAUUUUUUUUUCUGCCGUGUUUGGACGGUGCCCCCGCUGCCUUUUCGAUCGGCCCCGGUUCUGAUCUCCGUUCAACAGAUCCGCUUCUGUCCUCGUCUGCUCCGUGCGCCCUGGGUUCCGGGUGGAUGAAGAUCAGAAAAGCAGCGUUUCUAUGAAAACCUGAAGCUAUGGAGAGAUGCUCGGUCUCUCUACCCCUGUCCUGUGCUCAGAUCCGAUUGGCCGUUCUCUGCCUCCUGGUUGCUGCGGCGACGCGCCCCGUCUCGUGUGACCAGAGUUUGGGAGGUACGAAGGGUGGGAGGGAGAGUGGGAGGGGGGGCGAGACUCCUCCCCCGUUGCUGUCAGUCACCGCCCAGGCCACGCCCACCCCGCCGUGGGCGGUCCUGUGGGGCCCCACCUACGAGACGGAGGAAGACCCGGGCCACGUCCUGGGCCCCCAGGACCCGCAACGCCAUCCCGGAGUGGCGGCAGAUGGGAUAGAGGAAGCGGCGGAGGUCCAGACGUCACAACAUCGUCACCGGAUGACGGGCAUCCCGGCCACUACAGAGUCGCAGCUGCUUCUGGAGGAGAGGGAAAAGGAGAGGAAGAGCGAAGGCAAGAGCGAGGAGGAGGAAGUUGAUCCUCAGUUCUACGUUACCGUAACAAUCUCUUCUCUCCUCAUCCUCACUGCGGCCAUCAUCACAGCAAAACUGUGUUAUGACCGGAGCUGCUCGCGGCACACCCCUCCUCUGUCCCGCGGCGGGGCUCCCUCCCUCUCCCUCUCUCUUCCUCGCUCCCUCUCUCCGGAGGACAGCAGACAGACGCUGACCUGCGGGGCGGGACUACCCCGGACUCCUUCCUUCGACCGGGACCGAAUACCCGUUGUCAAUCUCUGAGGCUCUUAAUAUGUUACUGCACUUCCUGACUCGCCCCCUAGGAGGCGCUCUGGUCCGGACUGUUCCUAUAUCUUCUCAGUCGAUCCUCUGUGAAUCUGUCUGCUGGACACUCUUUUUACUGGAUCCUGUAUUUGUUUCUUGGGUUGAUUUUUCUUUCAAAUCUUUGCCUUUUGACAGACUGUGAACUGAGGUUCCUUAAGCUAACAAGACGAGAAAGCCAUGUUGAGUUGUUCACGGGGCACAAUGUUUGUGAUCCGCGGUUUCAGUGACAGCGGGGGCGUGCGAGCCAGGUGUUCACAAGGUAAUUGCGCCAGGCUGAAACAAAGCCAUUGAUGUGGUUGUUUCUGCACUGAAACUCUUGCCAGGGCCAUUAAUUGUCUUAAUUUUUAUUACUGCAACACAUGGAGAUCUCCAGGUGGAAGUCACAUAUUUUCAAAACAAACAAUUGAAACAAGCCAUGCUAGAAGCCAUAAGUAUGUGACCCUUACUGCAAGAAUUUAUUACCCUCUAUUGAUAUUCCCCAAGCAGUGAUUCAUUGAUCCUUAUAUCACCCAAGCCAUGAUUGGCCAAUCAGGACAUGACCUUGCCCAUCACUGGGCAACUCUGACAUCACACGAGCCAUGAUUGAUUGGCCAAUCCAGACAUUACCAGAGCCAUUACUGGCCAAUCUUGACUUGACCUUACCCAUGACUGGCCAAUCCUGACCUCACCUGAGCCAUGCUUGAUUGGCCAAUCCUGACAUCACCUGAAGCGUCAUUGAUUGGCCAAUCCUGACUUGAAUUUACCCAUGACUGGCCAAUCCUGACAUCACCUGAGCCAUGAUUGACUGGCCCGUCCUGACUUGACCUUACCCAUCACUGACCAAUCCUGACAUUAACUGAGCCAUGAUUGGUUGGCCAAUCCUGACUUGACCUGUCCCAUGAUUGGUUGGCCAAUCCUGACAUCACCUGAGCCACGACUGAUGGGCCAGUCCUGACUUGACCUGUCCCAGGAUUGAGUGGCCAGUCCUGACAUCACCCAAGCAUAUCACAAAGAUUUCCAGUAUGUGCCUUUGUACUGUAUAUGUACUGUCCAUACAUACAAAGGAAUUACAUAUUGGCAAUGAAUGAUCUUGACACACAGGCGAUCUGCCAGGUAAAUCACGGGCCAAUUUCGAUGUCGCACAAGACGUAGUGUUAAGCAUUGUUUUCCUCCUUCGGUGUUUUGUCCUGCCCCAAGGUGAAGCAGAGAUCAGUGCAAACAUAGUGUAUAUUUCUAUAUUUGUUUGAAGGAGGCAAGCUUCUUUAAACUUGGGGUGGUGGGAGGCGGGUGGCGAUCAGAGGGUUAAGGCAGGGUUUCCCAAAAUCCGGGUCCUCGGAGGUGGGGGGGGGUCUCCCCUUGAAUUCUGUUUUUUGCAGUACCCCCAAGCCGACAGAGUUCCUAGACUCCCCCAUUUGUUACAAACACCAAACAAGCCGUUUUCUCUGCGACCUGAUGGCUGUUUGCCCUCUGACCUCGCUCUCC